GGGAUAGCGCUCCUCUUUCACAUUCUUUCACUACUAAAAUACACUAUAGAUAAAUGAUAAUCGUUAUAAAAACAAGUUAUCACAACUUUUCCAGCUGUCACGUUUUCUGUCCUGCAAUACUAUGCAGAACUAGUAAACGUAAAAGUAAAUGUGAUAGAUAAAUAAGUGUGAUGUCUGCAACAUGACGGGGAGAAUAGUUAUAUGUACAACGCUUCUAUUCUUCUAAAUAAAAUAUUAUCACUACACAGUGUCCUGUUACCUUCCAAAACAAAAACAAACACCAGCACGUGCAUCGGCACGCCUUUGUUUUGUUUAAUUGCUUUGAGUUGGAACCUACCAAGGCACGGUGGAAAGGCUUUUUCUGCACGUCAUUUUUCUGCAUUCUGCAGGUCUUUCUAGCGAUCCAUUUUUGUCUAUUUACUUCCCACUAUAUUGAGGAAGAAAGGCAAAACUCGGAUCACAAGAAAGACAAACAAAACGGCGCAAAAAACACGUCGUUUAUAACAAGCCGCACCCUACAUCUGCUUGGAGCUCCGAACCUGCGCCCUCUGUUGUUAUCUCGUCGUCAUGGCGUGUGUCACGUGACCGGACCGGUUAGUCAGCCCAAGUUUCCCAGUAGGGUCGCUGUCUCCAGGUAUGGCAACCUUCUUUAAGGGUCAACACGAGGUAUAACGUUACUUAAAGACAAAAAGUAUAGUCUUACAGCCUUCUAGAUUGGCCGGACCAGCACAGGGGAACGUCACUGUCCGACCGAGGCCAAACAACGGCCAUGCUUCGCGUCAACUAGCCAAAGUUGUGGGACUUUCUUUCGUCUGCAGACUUAGCAAAGGACAUUAUAAAGGACUCCAAACAAAGGUAGAGCUGCCGCAGUAGCUAGGGGUUGAGACAGUAGAGUCGGGUCGUCGGUUAAGACUUCAGAAAAUCGGCGAAUGAGACGCAAGCCAUCUUGAGAGACGCUGUCACCGAACUUUGCAGAACGGACGAUCGCCUCAUCAAAGUAGACUAAAACGGAGACGGAAGAGGACUACCAUGUGAGAGUAACCUUGGUUGAGAGUGUUCCCACCUGUCACCAUGCCCGCAGCCGUCUCAGACUCCGUACGCUCCACUCCUGCACCACAGACAACAGCAUCCUUACACAGUAUGGCUUCCAUUCAGACAGUUGAUGCCUCCCAGGCUGGCCAUGCCCACUUCGAUGACAGUGUACUUCAGAAGAGCCAGCUCAGUAAGAAAUCUCGCAAACGGAGGUCCCAGGCCACGGCUAACUUGUACGGCACAAGAUAUGAUGUUGUACAUGCAGUUGUGGAGCAAGCUGGCAUGCAGGUUUCCAAGGAGGAUGACCCCAAAUGUUACCUGAUCUGGAGCGACAGUUUUGUGCAGAAUGAGAGAAUAGCCGAGCUGAAGUCAUACCAGAGGAUCAACCACUUCCCCGGGAUGGGGGAGAUCUGUCGCAAGGACUGUCUGGCAAGGAACAUCUGCAAAAUGAAUCGGAAGCGCCCAGAAGAAUACAACUUCACACCUCGUACCUGGAUCUUCCCAGCUGAAUACUCUACCUUCCAGACGUACACCAAGGAGCUUAGGAAGAGGAAGAAACAAAAGACUUUCAUCGUGAAGCCUGCCAACGGUGCAAUGGGAAAUGGGAUAUCCCUGUAUCGCAAUGGAGAAAAGAUACCCCAGAAUGAACACAUCAUUGUGCAAGAGUACAUGGACAAGCCCUUCCUGUUGGAUGGCUACAAGUUCGACCUACGUGUGUACGUGUUGGUGACCUCAUGCGACCCCCUGCGAGUGUUUCUGUACCAAGAUGGUCUCGUCAGGAUGGGGACGGAAAAGUACCAUGCACCCACAGAUGGCAAUAUUGAUGAGCUGUGCAUGCACCUGACCAACUACUCCGUCAACAAGCACAACGAGAACUUCCAGAAGGACGAAGACGUCAGCAAGGGGAGCAAACGGUCCAUCCGCUACCUGAACAACUUCCUCAGUAAGAACGGCUACGACGUGCCCCUGCUCUGGUUCAACAUCCAGAACCUCAUCAUGAAGACUUUGAUCGUAGCGGAGCCCCACAUACUUCACGCGUACCGGAUGUGUCGGGCGGGAAACCAGUCAACGAACGAGAGUGUUUGCUUCGAGGUGCUAGGCUUUGACAUCUUUCUGGACAAGAAACUCAAACCCUGGGUGUUCGAGGUGAAUCGUUCCCCUAGUUUUGGCACGGACGAGAAGAUUGACUAUGACAUCAAAAGUGGUCUCCUUGGAGACGCCAUCAAACUGAUGAAUAUCAGAGUAUCAGACAAAAGAAAAAGUAUCAGUGCGGAGAGGGCAGAAGCAGAGAGGCGACUCUUAGGGCCGACCAAGAGGCCAGAACACCACAGCAGUAAGGAGGACCGUGGAGACAGGCAGAGGAAAAUUGCUAUAGACAAGAGGAAAGAAGAGCUGAAACAUUACCUGAACAUGAUUCGCAUGGACCGUAAGCGUGAGGAUUACGAGAACAGACACAUGGGAGGCUUCCGGAGAAUCUUCCCCACAGAGAACAAGAGCCAACAGGCGCAGUGGACGCAGCUGUUGGACGAAGCCUUUCAGGUGUUCCUGUCAGGAAGGGCGCCAGCACUGCAGAAGGACAUGAGUCGAGCGUACAGUCAGUACAAGGAAGCAGAGAUCCUUGACAUGAUAGAGCAGUGUGAAGAAGACAGUGUCUCCCUGACGGCUCCUCUUGUCCCAAGAGGACCUAAGGUCGCACACACCAACUCAGCCAUGACAGGGGUCCGUGGUAGUGCAGGGGAAAUUAUAAGGGACAAAAGGGUUUUGAUGCUCAAGCGCUUGUCCUCCAUGCCGACAGCUGACAUGCCGCAGCCUUCAGGAGAGGACACGGAGGACACGGGUGACGAGGGAUUGUGGGAAAAGAACUCCCCGCCAACCUCCCCUACCUUCAGGAGGAGACAACUCUCUAACGGGCCUCCACAGAGGAGUCGUCCUACCUCAUCGUUUGCUCACAGAUUAUCGUCUGAAACUAGAGAACACAGGUCAACAGGCAGGCCCCUGUCAUCCACACAGCUGGGGAAGCAAUCUACGCCAUCUCCACCUGUCGUGAAGCGAACACGGUCGCUCACACGUCCGCUGUCAGCCACGAAAAGGAUCAUUGCCAACCACAGCAAGGACACCCAUAAUGUGAAGAGUGAACGAGAGGAGGAGCUGACCAAGCGUACCCUGGCAGCACUGACUGACAUGAGGAUCAAGUUUCCUGGGAAGACCGACGAAGAGGCAGACACGGUGCUGGAUGCAAUUGAGGGGAACUGGAAGUACCACAAGCCCAGAAUAGCCUCCUACUGGCUGGUGAAACUGGACUCCAUCAAGAGAAGGAAGGUGAUUGACAUUGUGCGGAUGAACAUCCGUGCUCUCCUGCAGCGCGUCUGGCACCUGAACGAUGUGGACAACCUGGCGCUGUACCGCAUCUUCUGCCGGGUCUUCAACCGCCUGCUGUGGAGCCACGGGCAGGGCCUCUGGAACUGCUUCUCCACUUCACAGUGCUCCUGGGAGACGAUCUUCAGUAAGAGUACGGACGUCAUCUCUCCCCUGGAGAUGAGCUGCUGUCGGCGGAUCGUCCAGCUGUGCAGACAGUGUCUCCUCAUCGUCUACCAGUUUGCUGCAGAGACCAAGAACGCUGUGGCACCGGAGCCCGUCAAAACAAGGACGUACCCAGGGAAUGAGCCCCCCAAGUACUCGACAUGGAACAACGGUAACGGUGCAAUAGCUCAGCGAAUGGGCCGAACUGGCUAUCCACUUGGGCAGGCACAGCAACCAUGACUGACCACCGUUUAGGUGGACCUGUGUAUUUUCUGGGCUCUUAGGCCCAGUUUACACGAGGCAAAAAAAAUGACUUGUCCUAAAAAUGUCAUAUGACAUGCGGCGCGUGUCCUAGCAUGCUUUUCGGCCUGUGUAGAAAUGUAAACGAUGCACUGCAGCAAGGUGUGGCACCUCUGGAGGACAUGUGUUGAAUGUCGUAGGACAUUUUCAGGACAAGUCAUUUUUUUUGCCUCAUGUGAACCAACCCUUAGAUUUGAUGAACAAAGACAGUUAGUGCCACACCAGCCUGUGUUGAUUACACCUUCUUCCCUUGAGGUCUGACCAGUGAAAGGGCUGCUACAAGCUAGAUUUAGUCAGGCUUAGUGUCGCACCUGUUGGAUGAUUCCUGUCUAUACAUGUAGUUCAAUUACUAGUAUAACAUGGUAACAAGUUUCAGUAGACUUGUAAAAAAAUAUCAAAUGUUAGAUAGUCAUGCAAAUUUCUUCUCAGGGCAUGUUUCAUGACACUUGUCCAUAUUAGCCAGUUUGACAUUGAUAAUGUAGAGUUGAUAUGUUGUACUAUGCAUUUAGAAACUUUAUAUAUGCAGUGUACAGAUAUGCUAUAUUUUAGUUGAGUUUGUAUUAAAUGUAAAAUAGAUAGAUUGAUCUAUUUUAUAUAAAGAUUAUCAGUUCUUGUUCAGGGAAUAACUUGAGAUUACCUAUUAUUACGUUGAUAAGAUUACCUGUUGUCAACUCCCAGCCAAGUGGAAGUUGCUAUUUCUACAUGUAUAGGUCUUCGCUUUCCAUACAGUAAACUUUGCCAAUUACAAAGUUGUAGGAAUGUCAGACUGUUUAUAAUUCUUUGGUAGUGUAACAAAUUUGGAAAGUAAAAUUCUCAAAUAGUUCAUACAAACACCUUGUGAUGUGCUAUAGCAAAACUAUCAUUGCAAAAACUCUUUGAUACCACUCCCCCUUUUAUGUGUUUUAGAUAUGUUUAUUAAUAGUGUGCAAAGAGCAAACAUGUCAAAACUAAAAAUUCUGAAAUUCCAUUUUUGAAAAGGAUGUCAUAGGACUUGGACAAUAUACAAUUGUGUGUAUAAAAAUCUGUAUUUUACAAUAUUGCAUAUAUACAAAUAUUGAUAUCUGAAUGCAAAACUUUCGGAGAAUGCUUUUUUUAUCAUUUUUUUUAUAUUAGGUAUGUCCCAAACCAGGAGAAAUCCUUUGGAUGUACAAUAGUGCACUUGACUGUCCAUUGUUAUGAGUUAUAUUGAAAAUAUAAUUUCUUUGUUUAAACUUUAGAUAGACAUGGUGUUUAAUGUGUUGACCAUCAAAUGGCCAGCCAGUAAAAACUAUGGGAUGACUGCAAUUUUUUAAUGAUCAGGAAUUAUUAAGUGCAUGGUUUGAAUUUAUUUCUGAUCUUUUUCAAAGCAUGUAAUGAUAUGUAACAUGUAACAAACUUGUGUCAUAAAUAUUUUAUUAAACAGUAUGAAAAGUUGA